AUGUCAUGGACUCAAGCAGAUGACCACUGGACCCGUCCUUUCAACUGCGAUGACCGACUGCUACACGCCAUCGGUGCCCUGGGGGCUCCAUUUGGGCGCGAUAAUAUGUUAAUGAUGAUCAGCGCCCAAUUGGAGUCUCUAACAGGGGUUGAUGCCGAGGGCAGAUUGCGGGAGGCCUGGAAGGCAAUGCGAUUCAAUCACCCAGACAUUGCUCUGCAAAUCCACGCCACUGAGAACUUGAAGAGAUACUACCCUGUUCGUGAUGAGAAGGAUCUUGAGGCAUGGUGCAAUGAAUCAUUCCGCAUCGAGAAAACAGCGAGAUCGAGCGACGAGUUCUUCAGUCGUCAUCACCCUCUUCCAGGACGCUAUGCCAGCCUUUAUUGGUUUCCCACCAGCAACCAAGUCGCUCUCACUGCAGAGCAUGUACGUUGGGACGGUCGCGGCUCAGUGUUGCUGCUCCAUGAAUUGUUGUCUGAGCUCGAAAACCCAACCCCGCUCCCGACGGUGUUCGACGGCACCGAAGCCCAAAAUCUGGUACCUGCGCUGGACGUGGUGGUUGGCAUGCCAGAAAAGUACGAGGAAAAAUGGGUGCAACGUGCCGAUGAGCUUCGUUUCAAACUUCUCGAUGGGCAACCGUCUAUCGGUCUUCAGCCUCCGGGCAACCAAAGCGCACUACCCGGAGAUACCAUAAGGACGGAAUUGGUUGUCCCAGCAAAGGAAGCCAUUGCGCUACGUGCAGCAGCUCGGGCUCAAGGCAUUAGUAUGACGGCGGCACUCCAUACUUCAGCCGUCAUCGAGACAGCGCGCGCGAACCCGGACUCUCCCGCUAAACGAUUUGUUUCCUUGGCCCCAUACGACGUACGCAAGUAUUGUCCUGAGCCUUUCAAUGGCCCUCGACACGCAGCAUCAGUCCGCGUGACGGCUCUCCCAUUGAAUGUCGACGCCCGGGCUUCCUGGCCUGAUCUUGCACCGGUCAUAUUCAAAAUCUACCGCGAGACGUGGGAUAUGGACAAGAGUGAUAUGAUGUUUGUUCGCGUGCCCUAUAUCGAGAAGGGUAGAGCCUUGUUCGAGCCAAUGCCACCAGGAACACCACGUCCACCACCUGCCACCGAGCCGAACGUUAACAGCCUAGGUGUCCUUGAUGACUACGUCAGGCAUCAAUAUUCCGAUUUCGUCGUUAAGAACAUUUUCUUCACGUUUUACAUGCUCUCGCAGCAAUUGUAUAUUCACUGUUGGUCUUGGAGGGGAGACUUGCAUAUUAGCGCCAGCUACAACGAGUCAUACUACACACCAGAAUACGUGGCAAAGUACUUGAAGGCACUGAAAGACAACAUGGUCGAGAAUUUGAUCGAUAACACCACUUGA